AUGUCUUGCGUUGGGAAUCGUCUUCAGCAACUCGCAGAAGCCCUCAACAGCACGGCCAAAUUGAAGACAUUGAAACUUGCGUUUUUCCACCAAGAUCAGCACCGGUUCUACCGUGGACAAGAGACACCCUGCGAUUCACUGCUCACGCAAGCCGCUUUCAUCCAGACGGAAAAGCUCUCAUGGAUCAGCCGUAACAUGGCCUCGAGGGAGGCAAUGAGUCCCGCUAAAUGGCAAGCUCUGCGGACCAAAGUACACAAUUUGUACCCCUCGGAUGAAGAGCAAUUCCAGGAGAUCAGCAUGGGUUAUUGGAAUCCUAUCUUCCAGUCCCUAUCAAAUUAG